AUGGAGCCUGCCGGCCAAAAUGGCAUGCGCACCGACCAUGACAGGGACCUCGUCAUCAACGGAGUCAACGGUGCCAGCGCGGCCGGCCAUGAGCAAGUUGCGCCGGACAAGGGCAAGGCUCCUGCGACCGCCAGCCACCAUGAUGCUGUCAACGGCGGCGACAGCGUUGGCGCGGCCGCGCCGUCUGGCGAUCAGCUCUCAAGGAUGAAUGACCUCCCCGACGAGAUAGUCCACAUCACCCAGGGCUUCGUUCCGCUGUCGCUUCUUCUCACCCGGCUAGCUCAGGUGUCGCACAACUCCCUCCAAGAGAAGGUCGCAGAGCUGGCCAAGAUGCCGAUACCAGGCGCAGCCGUCAACGGAAACGCCACGUACAAUUCGAGCGGCCCGGACGACAACUCCAACGAGAAUCUGCGCAAAAAGGCGAGCCUUGCGAGCUUCGCGCAGGACAUGCACGGGAAGUGGCUCAAGGCCCUCGUCAUCGCAGAAUGGAGUAGGAAAGCGGGUGCCGUCAGCAAGCUGAUAGACCUCAAGUUCCACAUUGACCAGCAGAGGAUCCUAUACGAUGCCACCCUGGAUAACGUCGUCAACCUCAAGCGAGACUUGACCUUUGCGCGGAUGCCCAGCCCAGACCUCAAGACAGCCUUGCAGGUUCUGUCCACCGGCUCCGCGCCGUGGAUACCCGAUCUUGGCUACCUGGACCCGCCACCCAUGACCCCGACGGAAGAGUUUAAGUGGUUCAACGAUCUCAACACCCUCCUUUCCCUACGACUGAACCUUGAAGACUAUGACAAAAUCCCUUAUGCAUUCCGAAACUACGAAAUCGGCUCAGGGCGUGUAACGUUCAAAGUCGACGGCGAAUUCGAGGUUGACCUCACCAUUGCGGAUGAAGACUUUGACAAGCAAUUCUGGUUCAUUGACUUCAGAUAUGCGUUCACACCUUCGGCGUCAUCGCUGUCUGACUCGCUGCGCUCAUAUCUCGAAGGCUGCGUCAACGAUGCCCUGAGCAAGGACGGCCUGGUGGGCUGCUACAACUUCCUGCAUGAGUUUGUCCUCACGUGCAAGAUCAACGAACUGAAGCGGCAAGCCCUAUUACUCAGUAGGGGCUCCUGGACUGGAACUUUGGCCGUCGAGCCGCUCAACCGAUCUCUGGCCAUCCAAUACUGGACGCCUCGCACUGCCAUUACUGGCACCAAGAGCUGGGUUUUGAUCGCCAUCAACAGCGGGCGCCAAGCGGACGGCAAGCCCGACCCCAAAUCGUCGAGUUUCCUCUCUGCCAAGUGGUACCGCGACAGCAAGGAAGUCAAGGAUGUCGAGAUCGAUCUGAAUGUACAGCAUCUGUCGGCCGAGUCCCUUCUUUCAAACAUUGUUGGCCGCCACAUCCAGUCCAUCUUGACGAACACCCACGACAAGCUGUUGUCUGCAGCGCGCUAUAAGAACCGGCAGGCCAGCAUGGUCCUGGACGUGUCAACGAGUGAUCCAGCGGCGUCGUACCUGGCCACUCAGAUUGGAGAAAACAACAGGGCUUGUCUGCUCGUAGAACCAACGACUGGCGCAUUUGCCGUCAAGCCUCACUCCAAGUUCACGGUCCAGUACGAGCAUCAGCUGAACACUGGCAAGAACCCAGCAGAGGAUGGCGUGGCCUGCCUCGAAAACGCCCGGUGCGCAAUCAUGGAGGACGACAUUAGCAGAAGAGGGAGCUCCAUGGGCUGGUUCACGCGCAAGGCCCCUCUCACGAUCGAGGAGAUCAAAUCGGCGACCAAGCUGCGCGAGUGGACCCGGGCCAUUUGGCUGCAAAAAGAUGGCUGGGGAGCGAGCUGGUUCGUGGGGGUGUUCCUUGGCCUGGGCGGCGAUGAGUGGUGGCUCUUAGAAGCGAACCGGGACGAGACGAACCGGCCCGUCAAAUUCAAGGCCAAGCUGGCUCUCGACAAGGGCUACCCAGACCGUGGGGAGGAGUUCUGGAACAACUUGGCCCUGUUCGCGACUGGCAUCAUGACACAGUCAAUCGAUAUGCGAGAGCUGCUCCGGCACAGGAUUAAGAACAAGUCGAGCGCUGGCGCCGAGGUGUCGCUUCCGCACCAAGUCAGGAUUCCUUGCGUCAAAAUCUCGCUUUCGGCCCUGUUCCCCGCCAUGGUAUCAGACACGUAUCAGGCCAGGUCAAGAAGCAACUCUUCUGGCAGUGACUCCGGCGUAAAGGAUGCGGCACUGUCUCAUCUUAUGCAGAAAUACGCAGGCGCCGCACUGGAGUCGAAGCAGGCGUGGGCCGAGGACAUGGUUACAAUCAACUUCAAAGGCAUCCAGUCCAUGCGCCGGCCCGGGGAAGAGACGAAAGAGGGCGACACGCCAACGGGCGUGCUCGUGUGCGAGUCUGAAGCAGUCAUCAGAGUACGGAGACCGUCGCAACUCGCGGCUCUUCGGAACCUAAUGAACCGCGACGUAUCAUACAACGUCCCUCGGGGCGAGUUCUCGCUACGCCUUCGGCGUCCCGUAGGGGGACCUCUCCUUGAUACUCUCAAGACCCGGAUCAAGUCCAUCGAUCGCUUCAUCAAUUUCUUCGAAGCACUCGAGAAGGCAAGCGGGGUAAUCACUCGGGAGGCGAUCACUCUCAAGUUUGUGGCCUUCAGUUACAGCGAACUCCCCUCCACACCACCAGCGAGCGGCGAGGACGGGCAGGACGACGCUCCCACGACGCCGCCUCGACGAUGGCGUGUGGGACUGGACCUCUCCAAGGAUGAUAUCGACAUCAGGAUAGAGGACGGAAACCCCCACCUUCGGGUCGUCGAUCUUAUGCGCAAGCUGGUCAACACCGAUGGUGGCAUCGGCGCCCUGAUGGCGUGGCUGCCCGCCUCGCUCCCAGCUCUCAGGGCAAUCGACGACAUGCAGUCCCAGUGGGACAGCCUGACCGCGGAGAAACGCGGUCGUGUCGAAGUCUCGAUGAAGUCGAUUGCGUGGAUGAGCAUCGCGUACACGUUACCGUCGCCCGAUUCGGGCGGCAAGGAUGCCCAGAAGCGCGUCACGCUCGAAGUGCGCCUGAAACCGAAGCAAGGGGAGGCCUGGUGGCACGUCUGGCGAUCCGACCCUGGGACCAAGGCGUCGCCAGACGAUGAGUUCACGAAGGCGCUGAAACCUGUAUGGGCGUCGCGCGGCCAGGGCUGGCUCGGCCUCACGACGGGCGCCGCGGGUAAGCCCUCCGGCGGUGUCGUCGGGAUGCUCAGCGCCGUGGACGAAGCUAUUAGGGGUGCCGCGCAACAAGUCGCCGCGGCGACGACGGCCGAUGGCGCCAAGAUCAAGAAGGAAGGCGGGCAGCAGCAGGAAGUCGUGAUUCUCGACUAG